AUGAUACCCAUAUGGCUUGACUGUGACCCCGGUCACGACGACGCUAUUGCUCUAUUAUUAGCCUGCGCAUUACCGUAUUUUGAUCUUAUCGGCGUGUCCACUGUAUACGGCAACGCAACGCUUGAAAAUACCACCAACAACGCCAUGUCGCUGCUCACGGCGUACCACCAUGUCGAUGUCCAGGUAUUCCCCGGAGCCGAGAAGCCACUGGAGGGCUUUUUGCAUGUUGCCACCGACAUUCACGGAAGCCGAGGCCUGGACGGCACCCCGCUUCUUCCUAUGGCCGUAGGCGUGCGGCAGCCAGAUCACACCGCCGUGGCAGCCAUGGCGGAGGCGAUUCAGGCCCAUCCCGGCGAGCUGGUCAUUGUCGCUACCGGCCCGCUCACAAACAUCGCUUUGCUGGCUCUCAACUACCCGGAGCUGAUUCCGGGAAUUCGCUUAUUGUCUAUUAUGGGCGGCUCUAUCGACAUGGGGAACUGGACCAAGUGGGCCGAGUUCAAUCUAUGGUGCGACGCAAAGGCCUCGAAAAUCGUCCUAGAGGACCCGGACCUGGGCACCAAGACGAUCCUGGUACCUUUGAAUGUUACGCACACGGUUAUUGCUACUGAAGAGGUUCUGACUACGAUCCAGAGAGGCCCUCACCACGAUAAAUACACAAUGUUCCGCCAGAUGAUGUACGAUCUGUUGACGUUUUUCGCCGACUCGUACCGCAUCAAAUUCGGAUUCGACACGGGGCCCCCCGUCCACGACGUUCUGGCCGUCGCUGCCGUUCUACCCCUUCUAUCUCAGCUAGCCGCGAACGACCCGCUAGCGCCCGCGACCUCUCAUGAUAUUCCAGGGUUAGGGGCCGAGUUCUACCGAGCAAACUUGCAUGUUACUACCAACGGUCCAAAACAAGGACAGAUCAUCCCCGAGAGAACAGAAAAUCGUGGCACUUAUAUUCUUGAUAAAAUCGACCCGGCCGCUGUCUGGGGGCUUGUGUUUACCAGCAUUGGCAUCCUCGAGGGCUCCGCGUGA